AUGACUACUGUACUUGUUCAAGAUCCUAAUACACCCAUACUAUUAUCUCCCUGCGAUUCAGCAGUAACACUUAAUAUUCCAAAUUCACCAUGCUUUAAUAGCUUUAAUACAACUAACUCCAAUAGCAUUUAUAAAAAUGGUACUACGUUGUCUUCAGUGCUCAACAGUAAUAAUUAUUAUGAUCAACAACAAUUCCAUCAACAGUUAAUUCAAACUUUCCUACAAUCAAGAUUAUCUGAUACCUUAAAUCAGCAAUCUCAACAUUUACAACAAGUUCAACAUCAGAAGGAUAUAGAGAUAUGCCUCUUAUAUCAUGAACAAAAUCAAAUCCCUGUCAAAUUAUCAUCAGUUUUGAAUUUAAUUAACACUUUCUUGCAUCAACAUAAUGGUUUUCAAUUAACUUCGAUUGACGAUCUCACAAUUAAUCAUCUUCUCAUUUAUUUAUACUACAAUCAAAGAACCAUUUUUCCUGAAUUGGAUUCUGUCGCUUACAUCAAUCAUUUUUCUUUACUUCACCUUGGUAAAUGUUUCAAGUUCGCUCAUGCUAAGAUCAACAUAGUGUAUAUAACUAAAUUAAAUAUUACACAGUUUAGUACCUUUUUACUAAAUAUUACUCCUUCGGGUAAAGAUUCACCACCAAGUAUUUACAGAUAUUUCAAUAUUAAUAAUUAUUUAUGUGAAUCAUUGGACAUCAAUAUCAAUCAUUCUCAUUCUACAAAGUCAUUCUUGAAUAUGCUUAAAAAAUCCAGACUGAGUAACAACCAGAAGACUCUUGGUUCUCUUGAAGCGACUAAGAUGAAUUCAUCAAGUAGCGAGACAGGUUCAUCACAAAAAGGUUGGGUUAGUACGACUACCAUGCAUUCAAAUAAUUCAUCUACAUCAACUACUUCAUCUCAAGAGUCUACAAGUUUACUGAAACUUAAAUCUAAUAGUUCUGUUUCGUCCAAUGGAAAAUUAAGGAGAUCACUCAAGAGAUUCUUUUCUCAUAGACAAUGA